AUGUCGCGCGUACUCUCGACAUGGGCUGUCGUGAAGCAGAUGUCGCAACGUGUGCCGGUGCGCAGUAUCGCUUAUCGCACAAGGCUCAUGCCUAUGUAUACUCGCCUGUAUUCUACAGCGAAGACGUGCGCUGAGUGCGGCACAAACAAUGCGAUGGAAGCCUUGCAAUGCGCCAAGUGCAAUCGACUUCAGCCGCUCCCUUCAGACGUGGAUUUCUACGAAGUACUUGGCAUCCCUCUCGACUCCAUUGGAGCUCGCGGAUGGAGGGUCCAGGAUGGAGAUCUCAAGGCGCAAUGGCGCCGUACGAUGGCUGUCGCCCAUCCUGACCGCCUCGUAAGUAAGCCUGGCGAUGAGCAGGAAAUUGGUGCACAACAAAGUACCAUUGUAAACAAAGCCUACGAAACUCUACGUCAGCCUUUACAAAGGGCUCUAUACCUGCUGCAGCGCGUUGGUGGCGUCAGCAUCGAGGAAGAUCAAUCGAUCCAGGAUCCAUCCUUCCUCAUGGAGGUUCUUGAGCUACAAGAGGCCUUGGAAAAUGCCCAAGAUCAGGCCACGGUCGACGAGAUCAAUGCUACCAACCAAGAACAUAUGCAAGGCGUGCUUCAAGCGCUAGACGAAGCAUUUGCAGCCAACCCUUUGGAUACCGAUCGCAUUCGCGACUUGGCCAUGCAAUUACGCUACUGGACAAACAUUGAAAAAUCCAUUCGCGAAUGGCAGCCAAGCGCAUAA